GGCAGCCCUCCCACUCUGAGGACCCGGCGGUUGCUACGCAGAGGACGCUGAGCCUGCGCCGUUGUCAGGGUGACGGGGCCCGCUCCUCCGCUGCUCCUCCCGGUUUUUCCCGGUGUCUGUGCUCCGGAUAGGGCUGGACAUGGAUCCUCUUCUUCAGGCCUGGAGCUAUUUCCGCCGUAGGAAGUUCGAGCGUUGCUCCCAGGUGUGCGGCCUGAUCCUGGAGAAGGAGCCCUGCGACCAGGAAAACGUUUCUGAAGAGUUAAUACAGGCAGCAUGGAGCCUGAAGACCCGAGCCCUGACGGAGAUGGUUUAUGUGGAUGAGAUUGAUGUGGAUCAGGAGGGGAUCGCUGAGAUGACAUUGGAUGAUCAUUCUAUUGCUCAGGUGGCACGUCCUGGGACUUCCCUCAGACAAGCAACAGCAAAGAAACUUGAGGGUCCGAGUCCGGCAGUACGACCUGUUACUCAGUCAGGUCGGCCACUCACUGGCUUUGUAAGGCCCAGUACACAGUCUGGCCGGCCGGGUACCAUGGAGCAGGCAAUCCGCACCCCGAGAACUGCACACACAGCCCGACCAAUCACCAGUGCCUCUGGACGAUACAUUCGACUUGGGACGGCUUCGAUGUUGACCAGUCCAGACGGACCGUUCAUUAACUUGUCCAGGUUAAAUCUGUCUAAAUAUGCGCAGAGUCCCAACUUGGCGAAGACGUUGUUUGAAUUCAUCUUCCACCAUGAAAACGAUGUGAAGAACGCCUUGGAACUGGCUGCUUUAGCCACUGAAAAUGCUCAGUUCAAGGACUGGUGGUGGAAAGUCCAGCUGGGAAAAUGCUAUUACAGAUUGGGCUUGUACCGUGAAGCAGAAAAUCAGUUUAAGUCGGCCCUCGCACAUCAGGACAUGGUGGAUACUUUCCUGUAUUUGGGAAAAGUGUACGCUCGCAUGGACCAACCUCUGACAGCGCUCUCUAUCUAUAAACAAGGUUUGGACCGGUUUCCUAAAGAAGUGACACUUCUGUGCGCUGUGGCACGAAUCCAUGAGGAAAUGAACAAUCUGACGUCUGCCACAGAAUAUUACAAAGAGCUUCUCAAGCAGGACAACACCCAUGUGGAGGCCAUCGCCUGUAUAGGAAGUAACCACUUCUAUACUGACCAACCUGAGAUCGCUCUCCGCUUUUACAGGCGCCUCCUGCAGAUGGGGGUGUACAACUGUGAGCUGUUCAACAAUCUGGGGCUGUGCUGUUUUUACUCCCAGCAAUAUGACAUGAUCCUGACCUCUUUUGAGAGAGCAUUGUCCUUGGCUGAGAAUGAUGAGGAAGUCGCUGAGGUCUGGUACAACCUUGGUCACGUUGCUGUGGGGAUCGGAGACCUGAAUCUGGCUUAUCAGUGCUUCAAGCUGACUCUGGCCAAUAACAACGACCAUGCGGAAGCGUACAAUAAUCUGGCUGUAUUGGAAAUGCGUAAAAAUCAUGUUGAGCAGGCCCGAGCUCUCCUCCAGACCUCUGCUGCCCUGGCACCUCACAUGUACGAGCCACAUUUUAACUUUGCCUGCCUCUCUGACAAGAUCGGAGACCUCCAGAGCAGCUACAUCGCCGCUCAGAAGUCGGAACUCGCGUUUCCUGACCACGUGGAAACUCAGCAACUCCUGGAAAAGUUGAGGCAGCAUUUUGCAUUGAUUUGAGCUCAUCGGUUACACAAGGCUGAUAAUGUCUCCUAGAUAGCGUUGGUGCUUGUGUAGAAAAACGGAUUUAACAUUAACCAUUGGCGAUUGCUCCAUCGCCUGGCUCUGCUGAUAACCGUAAUGUACACAGAAGAGGAUUAGAAAGCAGUAACCCUUUCACUCUGGAUAUAAUGAACUUGGCCGCUGAUGGUUGACCAUUACUUGUUCAUUCUCUUCUACCCAAAAGAGAAAAUGCAGACAACCUGUCAGAAAAAGUGAAAAAAAAAGAUCUGCCAUGUUUGAUUUCUAAUCUGGACGUCUGUCAUAAUGUGUGCAAUGCAAUCAGCCAAAAGUUUAGUCACAUGACCCAGCAGAAAUGUACCCCUAUGUUACAAUAGGUAAAAAUGGCUCCCCUUGUGGACAGGUAGAUGUUGGAGUCGGUGGCUGGACUAUUGAUUCCUCUCCUCUUUCUAAACUAUGCGCUUGUGCUAAGCUGGGUGCCUCCAGCUGUUGCAAAACUACAACUCCCAGCAUGCUGGGAGUUGUAGUUUUGCACGUGCUUUUGGGCUCCCUUGUUGGGAAAUACUCAAAUACAGUAGGAUUGAUGCAGAAAUUCUAUAUAGAGAUGGGUUUCUGGGACAGUUGCAGAAAUGUCUUCUGUAUGUGAAUAUACCCUGUGGGUAGGGUCACACGUGCCGUAUUUUGCUGCAUAUUUGCUGCUGCGUAUUUUCCAAUCUUUUGAAGGUAAUGGGUAGCAAAAUCAGCUGCUGAACAAACGCAGUAAAAUAUGGUACAUAUGUCCCUUUAUCUGAAGUGAACAUACUGAUUUUAAACUAUCUGAAGUCCUGUGUGUUUAUUUCCACCCAGUUUUCAAGAUCUCUGCUUGCUGUUAGUCAAUGGGAACAUUCUGGUUUACAGCCAGAGGCUAAAAUCCUGUAUGGAUCUCGUCCCAGUCACAUAAUUUAUGGGCUUUUUGCAAUGUGAUAGUCUACAUAAGUGUAAUCCCAAACCUGUGGCUAUCCAGCUAUUGCAAAAUGGCAACUCCCAUGUCCUGACAGCCAGAGGCAUGAUGGGAGUUGGAGCAGAGUGGUCCACACAAUACUCUGUUGGGUAAGAAGUAUCGGCUUGGUAUUCUGACUGUAAGGCCGGGUUUUCACCUUGGAAUUUCCAUCCGGACAAAAUCCGGCAGGAGAUUCUGAUUGCAAUCUAUCGGCGAUCUCUACAAUGUCCGCGGCACGGAUUCCACCAGAACAUUAAGCAGGUUCAGUGUUCAGGCAGAAUUUGUUUAUUUGAAUUUUCUAACGAAAAUUCCGCCUAGAAAUGUUCUCAGUCUGGAAAACCCAUUCACCUGCAUGUUAACCUUCAAGCAGCAGAUAUUCGGACCAAAAUUCUGGUUGUAAAUUCUGUAGUGUGAACCUGGCCUUAAUAGCUCACAGAGAGUUGUUACUUCUAUUUAAAAAUCUUAAUCCUUCCAGUACCUAUCAGCUGCUGUAUGCGCCACAGGAAGUUGUGUAGUCCUUUCCAGUAUGACCACAGUGCUCUCUGCUGCCACCUUUUUCAGUGUCAGGAACUGUCCAGAGCAGGAGAGUUUUGCUAUGGGGAUUUGCUCCUACUCUGGAGAGUUCCUGACACAGACACAAGGUGGCAGCAAAGAGCACUGUGGUCAGACUGGAAAGAACUACACAUACAGUGGAGCAUACAGCAGCUGAUAAGUACUGUAAGGCUUGAGAUUUUCUAAUAGAAGUAAUUUACAAAUUUGUAUAACUUUGUUGAUUUGAAAAACAUGUAUUUCCUCUGCAGUACCCCUUUAAUGAAAAGAGGAGUGGUGCUCUGCAAAGCAGAAAUGCCUUUCUUCCAGUAUAAGGGUAUGUUCACACAGGACUAAAUUGUGCAGAUUGCACAAUUUGACUUACUUUUUUAAAUAAAUUGAGGAAAUCUGCAUUUCAGUCCUGUAUAAACAUAACCUUGCAGAUCUGUUUGAGAGAAUCUGCAGCAUUUCUACACCGACAUGUAUUGAAUCACUAUAUUGAAAAUCUGGUAUAGAUGAGUUGCAAAAAUCCUGUAAUGAUCCGCAUUGUGAGCAAAUUACUUAGCAUUGUACAACAUAUCUGGACAGAGAAAAGAGAGAACAAAGCGUCACAAUAUAUAAUAAAACCUGUGCAUUGCUGUUUACAGCAAGCAGAGAUAUUAAAAAUGGUGAGUUCUAAUUUAAUUGAAAAAACUGGCUUCUACCUUCACUAUUGCAGUUUAUCUGCAGGUCCCUCCGUAUACACAAUGGGGGAGACUUAUCAAAAUGUGCGGGAGAAAAAGUGCAGUGAUUUUUCCACAGCAACCAAUCACAGCUCAGCUAACAAGCUCUAGUAAAGUGAAAGCUGAACUGUGAUUGGUUGCAGUGGAAAAAUCAGUCCACUUUUACUCUCACACAGUUUGAUAAAUCCCGGCCAAUAAGGCUAUGUUUACAUGGUGGAACAUUAUGUUCAAUGGGAUUCUGCUGUCCCAUCUGCUGUCCCAUUCACUGCAGAAAUUCAGCAUUCGGAAAAAAUGUAAAGACCUGUCUGUGUUUUGAGCGCACAGGAAUUCUGACUAAACUCUGCUGCGAGCUUUGCAGAAUGGAAUUUGAGCAGAAUGGUAGAAUUCCGCCAUGUGAACACAAGCCUAAGCCAUGUUAACACGACAGAUUCCGUGCUGAAUGUCUGCCCAGAAAACACAGGAGGACGUUCCGCAGCUUUGAAUCAUCCGGCGGGCGCUAGGACCAUUUAGAAAUGCGCUAUCUCAUAGACGGCAAUGCAUUUCUGAGCGGAAUCUGUAGAAAGCAGAGACUUGACCUUUUCUUUCUGGGUCAACUGGAAUUUCCGCCGUGUGCACAGUGCAGCAGAAUCCCAUUGAAAUUAGAAUCCUAUUGAAUACUGCGGAAUUUCGCCUUGUGAAGAUAGCCUUAAAGGGGUACUCCGGUGGAAAACAUUUUUUUUUUUAAUCAACUGGUUCCAACAGAUUUGUUAAUUACUUCUAUUUAAAAAAUCUUUACCCUUCCAG